AAUGAAUUGAUAACUCAACUUGAAAAAACACAAUGUCAUUUGAAUCGAGAAUAUGGAAAUGAAUUGAUUAUAGAUGACCUUGGUAAUGUGCAGCAUGAUAAUUGUAUUGAACAUUGUUUAAACUUUGCAUUUGAUAAUAAUUCUUUAUUUUCAGAUAAUAAUGCUUUAUUUUUGAAUAAUAAUUCUUUAUUUUCAGAUAAUAAUGCUUUAUUUUUGAAUAAUAAUUCUUUAUUUUCAGAUAAUAAUGGUUUUGAUGAACAAGAUAAUUAUGAAUCAUGUUUUGUUGAUAAGCAUAAUUAUUGUCACCGACAUUUUGAUAAAUAUCUUCAGAGUUUUGAUGAAUUGUAUUAUGAACCAUAUUUUGGCGAACGUAAUUAUUAUUAUGAUAAAUUUCUUCAGGGUUUUGAUGAACAAGAUAAUUAUGAAUCAUAUUUUGUUGAUAAGCAUAAUUAUUGUCACCGACAUUUUGAUAAAUGUCUUCUGGGUUUUGAUAAAUUGUAUUAUGAACCAUAUUUUGGCGAACGUAAUUAUUAUUAUGAUAAAUUUCUUCAUGGUUUUGGUUUUGAUGAAUAA